AUGCAGGCUCGCCUCAUAGUGGCAAUACUGGUCAUUGUGGGCGCGGUGUUUGGGGCAGUGCACAUUGCACUAUCCCUCUAUUCAGCUGUGGAUAAAAACUGGGUGCAGUUUACCGUCCCAAGUGACUUGUAUGAUGAAAAAGUCAUGGAAACACAAAACCGCCGCCGUGGAUUACUUGUGGAAUGUGUGGAUGGCAAAGACUACUGCCAUUACCUGGAGGGUUUGGCAGACCAGGGAACCUAUCCACAUUCCAGCGAUAUCCUUCGUUUACGCUCCACAGCUCCAGCAUUGGCCUACAGUUCGAUAAUUCUUGCAGCCCUCGCAUACACGCUUGGUGGCAUAGCAUUUGCCAUUUUCCGCAACAAACCAAGACGUCGGCAGAUUCUUCUGCUAUUUUUCGGAGUUUUCGCCUGGAUUGCAGGCCCUCCGGAAAAGAACGGUGGAACAAAUGAGUACCGCCUUCAAGGUCGCCGUAGCCAGCGCAGCUAUUGGGCACAUUGGCAGUUUCUCCAUGAUGGCCGCAAGUGUAUGGGCCUAACUGUUUAUGACCAAUGA